CAGACAGGUCAGUCAAACUGGUGUAUUCUUUCUUCCCCCCCUCUCCUUUAGCAGUUGAACUGACACCAACACGGCAACACCCAAAACCCCAAAACCGAAUAAUUAAAUUCAAUAUACCGUUUCCGUGACCUUUUAACUUCUUCCAUCUCUCUCCUCUCUUUUUACACUAAAACCCUAAAAAAUCAUCUUCACUCUUUGACUCUUUCAUCAUCAAAUCAAUCCCAACUCUGAAAACUCCUGCAAAUUUGCAGAGCACACAGUGCAACGAUAAUGAAGGAUUGGGCGCAGUCUUCUGUGUAUGUGCCACCACACCAGAGGCUGAGGUCAGUCAUCACCGUCCCUUCUUCAACUUCCAUUAAUGACGCACAUUCUCCAGCUCGCACUACCAGUAUCGAUAAUCACCAAGGUCUCACUUCAAUCCCUAACCCUAAUUUUGAUGCUAGAAUUAGUCAGAAUAACCAGAAUCAAGGUAGUGCUGCUGCUGCUGGAGGAGGAUAUUUUCAGUUUAAUCAGCAGCGGAACCUGUCGCCUUCGAGUCCGAAUCAACAUCAGAAUGGAAAUGUGAAUUGGAAUUCCGAGAGCUUUCACUACAAGUUCUAUAACCGGCCCAAGAAUUAUUUGUUUAAUGGUGAUCGCCAGCUUACUCAUUCUCAGCCAAAGUCUGGCGUCGUUGAUGAGGUUUCGGAAGAGGGUUCGGACCGCGAAUUUGGGGAGUUUGAGCCUUCUUCUUAUCCUUCUGGGUCUGGUCCAACUGCUGGUAAUGUGGAGCACUGGAAAUCAAAGCUGAACAUGCUUCUACGGGACAAGGACAAACAAGAAUUGAUAUCCAGGGAGAAAAAGGACCGACAUGACUUUGAGCAGAUCGCUAAUGUGGCAAACAAGAUGGGUUUGUAUAGCCAUUCAUACGUCAAAGUAGUAGUUUUUAGUAAGAUCCCACUGCCGAAUUACAGAUUCGAUCUUGAUGAAAAGCGUCCUCAGAGAGAGGUUGCAAUAGAUUGUAGUUUGCAGAGGAGAGUGGAUGCUUAUCUUGCCGACUAUCUUUCUCACAAAGCUAAGAGCGCAAAUAUUUUACAUGAUAAUGGACUUUCAAGAUCAAGUAGUAGCGGUAGCAUUGCCACUGAUGAAGGUUUCUUUGAGCAACCAGAACCUCUGAACCUUAGCAGUUCUGUCAUGGAGAGAAUCAUAAGGCGCAGAAACUUGCAGCUUCGUGAUCAGCAGCUUGCUUGGCAGGAAUGUGCUGAAGGAAGGAAAAUGCUGGAGUUCCGUAUAAGCCUUCCAGCAUUCAAGGAGAGAGAUGCACUGAUAAGAGCCAUUGCAUGUAAUCAGGUCAUCAUUGUCUCUGGGGAAACAGGUUGUGGUAAAACUACUCAAAUUCCACAAUUUAUUUUGGAGUCUGAAAUAGAAUCUAGCCGUGGAGCAUCAUGCAGUAUAAUAUGUACUCAGCCAAGACGAAUAUCGGCACUUUCGGUGGCCGAGAGGGUUGCUGCAGAGCGAGGGGAGAAAUUGGGAGAAUCUGUUGGUUAUAAAGUUCGGUUGGAGGGGAUGAAAGGGAGAGAUACGCGGCUUCUGUUUUGCACUACAGGCAUCUUGCUGCGGAGAUUACUUGUUGACAGGACUUUGAAGGGAAUAACUCAUGUUAUUGUGGAUGAGAUUCACGAACGUGGGAUGAAUGAAGAUUUUCUUCUUAUUGUGCUCAAAGAGCUACUUCCUCGUAGACCGGAGUUGAAGUUGAUUUUGAUGAGUGCGACUUUAGAUGCUGAGCUUUUCUCUUCUUAUUUUGGCGGUGCUCCUCUUGUCAACAUUCCAGGAUUCACGUACCCUGUUCGAACUCAUUUCCUAGAGGAUAUGUUGGAAAUAUCUGGAUAUAGAUUGACUCCUUACAAUCAGAUAGAUGAUUAUGGUCCAGAUAGAUCGUGGAAGAUGAAUAAACAAGGCUUCAGGAAAAGGAAGAGUCAGAUUGCCUCUGUUGUUGAGGAUGCACUUGCUGCUGCAGACUUCAGAGACUAUAGUACACAGACCAGGGAAUCUUUAUCCUGUUGGAAUCCAGAUUCUAUGGGAUUUAAUCUUAUUGAACAUAUACUUUGCCAUAUUUGUGAAAAGGAAGGGCCGGGUGCUGUGUUAGUUUUCAUGACCGGAUGGGAUGACAUAAGCUCACUUAAGGAUAAACUCCAAGCUCAUCCUGUCUUCGGAGAUCCGAGUAGAGUCUUGUUGCUUGCUUGUCACAGUUCGAUGGCAAGUUCUGAACAGAGGUUAAUAUUUGAGAAACCAGAAGAUGGAGUGCGCAAAGUAGUGCUGGCUACGAAUAUUGCGGAGACCAGUAUCACAAUUGAUGAUGUGGUCUUUGUUCUUGACUGUGGUAAGGCAAAGGAGACGUCAUAUGAUGCCUUAAAUAAUACACCUUGCUUGCUUCCUGCUUGGAUCUCAAAGGUUUCCGCUCAGCAGAGAAGAGGAAGGGCUGGUCGUGUUCAACCUGGAGAAUGUUACCAUCUGUAUCCAAGAUGUGUAUAUGAUGCUUUUGCAGAUUACCAGCUUCCAGAAAUCCUGAGGACACCUCUGCAGUCCCUUUGUCUGCAGAUCAAAAGUUUAAAACUUGGCAGCAUCUCUGAGUUCCUGUCCAGAGCUCUGCAGUCACCUGAAUUACUGGCGGUUCAAAAUGCAAUAGAAUAUUUGAAGGUUAUCGGGGCAUUGGACACAAAUGAAAAUCUCACUGUUCUAGGUAGGUACCUAACAAUGCUACCAAUGGAGCCAAAGCUUGGGAAAAUGCUUGUAUCAGGCGCUAUAUUUAGCUGUCUGGAUCCAGUGUUGACUAUAGUUGCUGGCCUCAGCAUCAGAGAUCCCUUUCUGACACCCAUGGACAAGAAAGACCUUGCAGAGGCUGCUAAAGCGCAGUUCUCGCGCGAUUAUAGUGACCAUCUUGCACUUGUUCGCGCGUAUGAUGGAUGGAAGAGUGCUGAGAAAGAGUACGGUGGUCAUGACUACUGCUGGAAAAAUUUUCUCUCAGUACAGUCCAUGAAAGCUAUUGAUUCUCUUCGGCGGGAAUUCUAUACUUUGUUGAAGGAUACUGGACUAGUUGAUGACAAUUCAUCCUUCUUCAAUGGAUGGAGCCAGGACGAUAAGCUUCUUCGUGCUGUUAUAUGCUAUGGAUUGUAUCCAGGAAUCUGCUCUGUUGUGCAUAAUGAGAAGUCAUUGUCAUUAAAGACAAUGGAGGAUGGUCAGGUGCACCUGUACUCGAACUCUGUCAAUGCUCGUGAGCCGAGAAUCCCAUAUCCAUGGCUUGUUUUCAAUGAGAAAAUUAAAGUAAACUCAGUUUUCCUCCGUGAUUCUAGUGCAGUGUCAGAUUCAAUGGUCUUACUGUUUGGAGGAAACAUUGUCAAAGGUGCAACGGAUGGGCAUCUAAUUAUGUUGGGAGGAUACUUGGAAUUUUUUAUGAAACCUGUGAUGGCAGAAACUUACUUGAACCUAAAGAGAGAACUGGAGGAUUUUGUGCAGCUGAAGCUCCUAAAUCCUAAGAUGGAUACACAUGCUUAUCAGGACCUUCUGUCUGCUACGAGGCUUUUGGUUUCAGAGGAUAAUUGUGAGGGCCGAUUUGUGUUUUGCCGCCAGAAUUUAAAGUCUACUACUAAAUCUGUUUCGCCAAUGGUGCCGACAUUGUCGUCUAGAACUCAAAGUGGACCUGGUGGUGAUAACUCCAAGAGUCAGCUUCAAACCUUAGUUACUAGGGCAGGUUAUACAGCCCCUAUAUAUAAAGUGAAACAACUGUCAAAUAAUCAGUUCAGAGCGACUGUAGAGUUCAAUGGAAUGCAGAUAAUAGGUCGGCCUUGCAAUAACAAGAAGAGUGCAGAAAAAGAUGCAGCUUCUGAAGCUUUAGAAUGGCUAAUGGGUGGGACCCAAAUGGGAAACGAGCAAGUCAAUCACAUGUCGAUGCUGCUGAAAAAGAGCAAGAGGUAUCACAACUGAUGCUGACUUGUACAUACUGCAAUGGCGGGUGGCUGAGCAGAUCUUUGAAAAGGUGCGCAGAAAGCCAGAUGAGGCCUCAGAUUGCGCAAUUGUGUGAUCUGGCUUGAGUCUGAUCGUUCACCAGGCUGAUUUAGAACACCCAGCAUACUGGUGAAAGAAUACCUUGGAAUGUCAUGGUUUAUAAUUCAAGGUGGAAAAAAUUUCUCAGAAGAAAGUGACUAGAGACAACAAUUAGCUGUACAAAAAUCUUGGAGAUGUCUUUUGUAGCUUCCAAGUGUUUGGUGGCUACCACCACAUACUGCUGUUUUUUGGCUGUAAAUUAGGAUUUGGAUGGAGGGGUUUGUGAGGAUGGGGGCAGAAAUGACUAGGAAGGGAAAUUUCCUUCAUUUUCAUUGCAGGAUAUAUUGCCCUAUUUUGGGAAAUUUAUCACGUGAAAGUGGAAACCGGAUUCUGUAAUGUAAAUUGAAACUGGAGGCGCUUAGGGACCCGUAGCCAUUCCAUUUGUACAAAAAAUAAUUUGUGUCGCAGUAUAGCAUUAUUGAAUAGAUAUGCAUCUCCUGCUCCUUUGUACUGUAUGUAUGAUUUGAAGUCAUUAUAUAUGGAGGCCAGGAUAUCCAAUUUUUUGUUGCUGUA